AUUUAUUUUUUUAUUUAUUUUUUUUUUAUUUUUUAAAAAAAUUUUUUUUUAUCUUCUGUUUUAUUAUUCCUUUCUUUCUUUUUCACCUUAUUAUUUGAUUUGAUUUCAUAAUGGCCCCUGUUGAAAAACGGACCGUAGUAGUUUGUGGUCUUGGUAUGGUUGGAUUAUACUUUAUUGAAAAAUUAUUAAAAAAUGACAAAGAUAAACAAUUUAGGGUUGAGGUAUUUUGUGAAGAACCCUAUGUUGCAUAUAAUCGAGUUGGUUUGACUCAAUAUUUUUCUCAUCGAGAAAAAGACCGAAUGUUAAUGCAGCCUGCAAGUUGGUAUUCAGAUAAUAAUGUGAUCGUUCACAUGAAUGAAAAAGCAACUCAUAUCGAUACGACCGCCAAACAUGUAACUUCGGCAAAUGGAAUAUCCGUGAAUUAUGAUUCAUGCAUCUUAGCUACAGGUUCUUAUGCGUUUGUACCUCCAGUCCCCGGUUCCGAUAAAUUAGGCGUAUUCGUAUAUCGUACAAUCGAUGAUUUAGAAGAAAUCAUUAAAUAUAGUAGUAAAUCAAAACGUGGUGCAGUAAUUGGAGGUGGUUUACUUGGUCUCGAGGCCGCUAAAGCUCUAAUGGAUUUAGGGUUGGAAGUUACAAUUAUUGAAAGAAAUAAAGUAUUGAUGUCAAGACAAUUAGAUACCGCAGGAGGGAAAAUGCUCAUAAAUGAAAUCAAAAAGUUGGGAAUUAAAUGUAUUGUCGAUAAUCCACCAAAGGAGAUUACCGCUGAUGAAGAUGGUAAAGUUACGGGUAUUCGAUUUGACAACGAGACUAUUCAAAUGGAUAUGGUUAUUAUGGCUGCUGGUAUCCGUCCACGUGAUGAUCUUGCUAAAGCAUCAGGAAUUUCAACACAUCAACGUGGUGGUGUCUUUGUUGAUGAUCUCCUACGAACUAAUAAUCCACAUGUUUAUGCUAUCGGAGAAGUUGCUUUGUAUGGUGGUGCGGUUUAUGGGCUUGUUGCGCCUGGUUAUGAUAUGGCUGAUGUUGUCGUAAAUAACUUGAUUAAGGGUGGGGGUAAGCGAUUUUUGGGAGGUGACUUAUCGAGUAAGCUUAAACUUUUGGGAGUUCAUGUUGCUAGUUUUGGUGAUUGUUUUGCUAAAGAAGAUGAUACUAUUAUGCAUUUGGUGUAUACUGAUCCUUUUAGUUCAGUGUAUAAAAAACUUAUAUUCUCAAUUGAUGGCAAAUACUUGCUUGGUGGUAUUUUGGUCGGUGACACUGAUGAUUAUGCCAAACUUCACGCUUUGAUGAAAUCAAAAAAACCUUUAAUUGCUCCUCCUGGUGAGCUUAUACUUGGUGUUAAAUCAGGUCAAGCUCCAGGUGCGGAUGAUCUUCCUGAUGAAGCUCAAAUUUGUUCAUGUAAUAAUGUAUCAAAAGGACAAAUUCGAGAUUCAGUUAAAGUUGAUGAAUGCCGUUCUAUUGGUCAAGUUAAAUCAUGCACAAAGGCUGGUACAGGAUGCGGUGGAUGUAUUCCAGCUGUUGCGGAAAUUUUCCAAGCUGAAAUGAAAGCACUAGGUCACGUAGUGACUAAUGCGCUUUGUCCUCAUUUCAGUUUAACACGCGCCGAAUUAUUCCAAGUCGCCAAAAUAAAGAAAUUGAAAACUUUCAAAGAUAUUAUUGAACAAGUUGGUAAAAAAGGAGCUAACGGAUGUGAAAUUUGUAAACCAGCUAUCGCGUCAAUUUUAGCUAGUUUAUGGAAUGAUCAUAUCCUAGAUCAUGCAGGUUUACAAGACACGAAUGAUCGUUAUCUUGCUAAUCUUCAACGUGGAGGACUAUAUUCUGUGGUACCUAGAAUUGCUGGAGGUGAAAUUACGCCUGAAAAACUUGUUGUUCUCGGAGAAGUUGGCAAAAAAUAUGAUUUAUACACUAAAAUUACUGGCGGUCAGAGAAUUGAUCUUUUCGGUGCUAAAAAGCAAGAUCUACCUGCAAUAUGGGAAGAGCUCGUUAAUGCAGGUUUUGAAUCUGGUCAUGCUUACGGAAAAGCUUUGAGAACUGUAAAAUCUUGUGUCGGUUCAGAAUGGUGUCGUUAUGGUCAGCAAAAUAGUGUACAAUUCGCUAUUGAAAUAGAAAAUAGAUAUAAAGGAAUUAGAGCUCCUCAUAAGAUUAAAGGUGCCGUUUCUGGAUGUAUUAGGGAAUGCGCGGAAGCUCAAGGAAAAGAUUUUGGUCUUAUUGCUACUGACAAUGGUUAUAACCUAUAUGUCUGUGGUAAUGGUGGAUCUAAACCAAAACAUGCUGUUUUACUAGCAAAGGACGUUUCACCUGAUACCGCCGUAAAAUAUAUUGAUAGAUUUUUGAUGUAUUAUAUUCAUACCGCUGAUAGAUUGGCCCGUACAGCUAGAUGGUUAGAAAAAAUGGAAGGAGGAAUUGAAUAUCUUAAAAGAGUUAUUGUUGAUGAUUAUCUUGGUAUAUGCGCAGAAUUGGAAGAAGACAUGGCUCGUUUAAUAUAUACUUAUGAAUGCGAGUGGGCCAAAGUCGUAAAAGACCCAAAAAGGCGUGCGGACUUCACUCAAUUUGUAAAUACAGAUGAGAACGUAGAUGAAAUUGAAACCGUAAGUGAACGUGGCCAAACUCGUCCAGCAGAUUGGCCAAAGGAAUGUUCAGUUACCGAAAAAGAAAUUUCAGAAAUCAAAAAGUCGGCAAACUUGGAAUCGAAAAAAUGGGUGAAAAUUGCUCCAGCUAGCGCAUUUCCUAAUGAUGCUGGUCAGGUUAUUAAAUAUGGAGAUACACAAAUCGCCAUAUUUAAUACCAAUGAACGUACAAAAUGGUACGCAACACAAAAUAUGUGCCCGCACAAGAGAGCCUUUGUAUUAUCUCAAGGAAUACUCGGUGAUGAAGAUGAUGGUAUAAUGAGAGUAAGUUGUCCAAUGCAUAAGAAAAAUUUCGCGUUGGAAACUGGUGAAUGUGUUUCGGGAGAUGCGGAUCUUAAGCUAAUGACUUUUGAAAUUAAAAUUGAGGAUGAUUACGUAUUUUUGUAUCUUCCCCCUGAACAAGAACUUGAUAGAAUUCUUGGAACAAGUAAAUGGGUAGUUUCUAACAAACUCUCGACAAAGAGUCAUAACAAAAAAAGUAACAAAAUAGAAAUUUUAGGAAAUACAGCGGCGGUUGGAUGUGGUGGUGAUAAAAAAUUGGAUUGGUAAAUUAUUGACUUUUCUUAUAUAAAUAGAUUCAUUUAUUAUCAUUAUAACAAUCAUUAUCACUUGUAUUUUUAUUUUUUAAAAAAAA